AUGCGGAGCACUUUAGCUCCUGGCAUCUGGCUCCUUCGCGCCUUCUCCAGGGACAGCUGGUACCGGGGCCUUGUUCUGCUGCUCACCUUUCUCAUUUACUCCUGUUACCACAUGUCUAGGAAGCCGCUCAGUGUUGUCAAGAGUCAGCUGCAUCAUAACUGUUCAGAGCUGGAAAACCCCAACAACGACUCCAACAGCACCACAUGGUGUUGCUGGGCUCCGUUUGAUCGAGACAACUACAAGGAACUGCUGGCAGGUGUGGACGAUGCUUUUCUGAUUGCCUAUGCUAUUGGCAUGUUCAUCAGUGGAAUUUUUGGGGAGAGACUUCCCGUACGCUAUUACCUGCUUGCUGGGAUGCUGCUGAGUGGGAUUUUUACUUCGCUCUUUGGCCUGGGUUACUAUUGGAACAUUCACCAACUGUGGUACUAUGUGCUUGUCCAGAUCUUUAAUGGACUGGCACAGACCACAGGCUGGCCAUCGGUGAUGACCUGUGUUGGUAACUGGUUUGGGAAGGGAAAGCGUGGAUUUAUCAUGGGUAUCUGGAACUCCCACACAUCUGUGGGCAACAUAUUGGGCUCCCUGAUUGCAGGUAUCUGGGUGGAUUCAGCUUGGGGCCUGUCCUUCAUCGUGCCUGGUAUUAUCAUCGCUGUCAUGGGCAUCAUCAGCUUCUUCUUCCUUGUUGAGUGCCCUGAAGAUGUGGACUGUACCCCACCUCAGCACCACAAUGGACCUGAUGAAGACCUGGGUACAUCUGUGGAUUCAGUGUCUGGGCAUUGCCCUGAGAGGCAAAGUGGAACUGAAGGUGCUGGAUGCUCCAAGGAGUCAAAUGAAAAGCUUGAGGCCAUCAGUUUCCUAGGGGCACUCAGGAUCCCAGGUGUAGUGGAGUUCUCCUUGUGUCUGAUGUGUGCCAAGCUGGUCAGUUAUACCUUCUUAUUUUGGUUGCCCCUCUACAUUGUUAAUGUGGCUCAUUUUGGAUCCAAGGAAGCUGGGGAUCUUUCUACCCUCUUUGAUGUUGGUGGCAUAAUAGGUGGCAUCCUUGCAGGGAUCAUCUCUGACUAUACCAAUGGCAGGGCCACUACCUGCUGUGUCAUGCUGAUUGUAGCUGCCCCUCUGCUAUUCCUGUACAACUCUUUUGGCCAGAAUGGGAUUGCCAGUUCUAUAGUGAUGUUGAUUAUCUGUGGGGCUUUGGUCAAUGGGCCCUAUGCUCUCAUCACCACUGCUGUCUCAGCUGACCUGGGCACACACAACAGUCUGAAGGGCAAUGCAAAGGCACUUUCCACUGUGUCAGCCAUUAUUGAUGGGACUGGCUCCAUAGGUGCUGCUUUAGGGCCUCUGCUAGCUGGACUCAUCUCUCCUACAGGCUGGAACAAUGUCUUCUAUAUGCUUAUUUCUGCAGAUAUCUUGGCUUGCCUGUUCCUCUCUCGCUUGGUGUACAAAGAGAUUCAGGCCUGGAGGAGAAAUAUGAACAGAAACAGUGGCUCUUGUGUGACCCUAACCCACCUGAGGUAGUGUCCAGUGAGCUGUGGUUUGUAUUAUAUAAAGAGAUAUGAGGCCCCCGUCUGAAGUAUAGGAGCCAAGGAUUUCUGCUGGAUCCCGGGAAAAUUCCCCAAUGGAGACACCCAUAGGCAUACAGAGACAUUUGGGGCAGCCAGAGCUGCUUAGCCCCAGGCCAGCCCAAGGACCUGCUACAGGUCCUGAUAGAAUUUCCAGGGGAAAGAGGCUAAACAAUCUCAGGGAAUCAUAGAAUAAAGAAAACAACACAUUUUUGGGCAGGGAGUGUGUUGUAAGUAGUACAUACAAUAGUAGGGCUGGAGCUAAGGUGGCAUCCCAAUCACAAGAAAAAAAGGCAUGGCCUUUUGCCUAUCCUAGGUCUAGUUUCUUUGCUGAAUUGGGUGACUCUUAAAUUUUAGGUGCCAAGAUAGAAAGUAAGGAUUCUGUGGGGACAAAUCACAAUAAUAGGUCAUACUAUUCCUCUCCUCUCCCCAUUACCAUUAGAUUUGAACUGACUUUGUAACCAACUGCUCCCCUCUGCAACAGAGAUGCUUUACCAUGUUUUCAGGUGAACAGCUACAGAGUUUAGGGUCUACUCUCUGUUUCCCUGCUCUAUGACCUUCAUAUCUCUGUACUCCCAAAUUUAAU